AUGACGAUAGUUUUUUGGUUUCGUUAUUCUGGGAGGAGGGUGUUGUGGUGUGCUGUGUGUCCUCGUGAUCCGUGCACAGUCUACGUGAUAUCCAAAGCAGCAGAAGACUCAGUUAAAUUAAGACUUCAGCAAAACAACAAGAACAGGAAGAGCAGAAGCAACAACAAUAAAUACCCACUUCCCAUCUCUUUCUGUUAA